GAGCAGCUGCUCACAGAACUUGAAGAUUUUCUGAGGAUACUGGACAAAGAGAACUUGAGCAGCACUGCUGUGGUGAAGAAGAGAUUCCUCUCUGACCUUCUGAAAGUCUACACCAAGUCCAGUGGUGGUGAUGAGGAGUAUAUUUAUAUGAACAAAGUGACAGUCCAUAAACAGCAGGGUGACCAAGAGAAACAAGACAAAGUGCUGGAUCAGAAGGACUCCCUGACCAAUGGAGACUCAGGACUGCAUUUGUCACCUCCUCAGAAGAGCCUGCCGGACCUUCCCCCUCCGAAGAUUCUCGAAACAAAACAACCUCCAGUCCCCAAGAUUGACUCCCCAGAAGGCUAUUACGAAGAGGCUGAGCCCUAUGACAUCUCUGUAAAUGAAGAUGGUGAAGCUGUUAGUAGUUCUUACGAGUCCUACGAUGAGGAAGAGAGCAGCAAAGGCAAGUCAGCAACCCAUCAGUGGCCAUCCCCAGAGGCCACCAUUGAGCUGAUGAAGGACGCCCGCAUCUGUGCCUUCCUGUGGAGAAAGAAGUGGCUGGGACAGUGGGCAAAACAGCUGUGUGUUAUCAAGGACACCAGGUUGCUGUGCUACAAGAGCUCCAAAGACCACAACCCCCAGCUUGAUGUGAAUUUGCUGGGCUGCACUGUCAUUCACAAGGAAAAGCAAGUGAAGAAGAAAGAGCACAAGCUGAAGAUCAUCCCCACAAACGCUGAUGUCAUCGUGCUGGGGCUGCAGAGCAAAGACCAGGCAGAGCAGUGGCUCAGGGUAAUCCAAGAGACCAGUAGUCUGCUCUUUGAAGGAGGCAGUGAAGGCAACCAGUACAUCCCAGACUCACAGCGUCUCAGUUACCCAAAGGUGGAGGUGUCUGAGAGAUACUCUGCAGCCUCCGAAAGUGGGAGCAGCACCGACGGCCACGUGGACACAGCUGAGACAAAAGAUGUUAAGAAGAAGGGCACAGCUGGCCUGAAACUGAGCAACCUGAUGAACCUCGGGAGGAAGAAGUCCAGCUCCAUGGAUAGCCCAGAGAGAUCCCUGGAGACUUCAAGUUACCUGAAUGUGCUGGUGAACAGCCAGUGGAAGUCACGGUGGUGUCAGAUAAAAGAUGGGCACCUCCAUUUCUACCAGGACAAGAACCGAAGCAAACUGGCUCAGCAGCCCCUGAGUUUGGCAGGUUGUGAAAUCAUCCCGGAGCCCAGCCCCGAUCACCUUUACUCCUUCCGCAUCCUGCACAACGGGGAAGAACGGGUUGUUUUGGAGGCAAAGUCCUCAGAGGAAAUGGGCCACUGGCUGGGCCUGCUUUUGUCGGAGUCAGGCUCAAAAACAGACCCGGAGGAAUUUACCUACGAUUACGUGGAUGCUGACAGGGUUUCCUGCAUUGUGAACGCUGCAAAGAAUUCCUUCUUCCUAAUGCAGAGGAAAUACUCUGAGCCCAACGCCUACAUUGACAACCUGCCCAAGGGCAGGGUGCAGCAGGACGAGCUGUAUGACGACGUGGAUCUGCCAGACCUGCCUGUGGAAGAAGCACCCAAGAGUGAGAGCAAGUUGGAGGGAGACCAAGACAGAGUGUAUCUGGAUCUCACCCCAGUGAAGUCCUUACUACACUGUGCUGGCAAGAUGUCCUGUCAGUCUUCACCCCUCAGCUCACCAUCUCUAGAAAGGGCUGCCAAGGCUGCCCCAGAGAGCACAGCUGAGAGAGCCCCCGUGGCUAAGGAAGCUGAGCCCUGUACUAAGGCAACAGAGACCUUAGAGCAGAAACACCCAGAGAAGCCAGAACCUGAGGAGGCUCUGCCACGGGUGCCUGCUGUCAAAAUCCAGAGCCAGCAGCAGAACACUGCCUUCCCCCAGGUGGCCUCCGAGGUGCCAGUGGGCAAAGUUCCAGCAGGCAGUCCCCAGCCUGCAAACCGGCCCAAGAUGCCCCUGCCAGCAGCAGCAGUGGAAACCAAGCUGGGCAAGAACAGGACAGAGGCAGAGGUGAAAAGGUUCACAGAGGAGAAGGAACGGCUGGAGAAGGAGAAAGAUGAAAUCCGAGCUCAGCUCACCCAGCUGCGCAAGGAGAGGCGGGAGCUGAAGGAAAUGCUUGGUGGCAGCACAGACAAGAGCCUGGAGCAGAGGCUGAAGGAGAUAGAUGAAGAAUGCAAAAGGAAGGAAAGCCAGAGGGUGGACCUGGAGCUGAGCUUGGUGGAGGUGAAAGAGAACCUGAAGAAGGCAGAGUCUGGACCGGUGACUCUGGGCACAGCAGUGGACACCACACACCUGGAGAACACAGCCCCUCGGGCAAAAAGUGCCAGUCCAGCAAACAGCGCAGAGAACUCCCCGGUCAAUUCAGCAACAGCUUUAAAAAACCGGCCUUUAUCUGUUAUGGUCACGGGGAAGGGAACAGUCCUACAGAAAGCUAAGGAAUGGGAGAAAAAGGGAGCUAGUUAG